CCCCCCUUUCAUCACAUAGGCUAGCUGUCAUCCUGAGCACUGUAGAGACGACCGCUCAGUCGCUAAACGCUCGGAUGACGAGAGCAGCAGGCGACAUUCAGGUCAUCAUGGUCGCAUGAGUCGGGGGCAACCAUUCCGAGGGGACGACAGCCACUGCUGGAAUCCGUGACAUUUUCGACGCAGCCCACGGAGGACGGUUCUGGGAGAGUACAGGCAGAGACACAGAGGCGUGGACGCGGAGAAGAACGGCACAUUCCCCCCUAGUGUUGUCCUGUUUCGUUGGUGAAGGAAACUGUCUCACUCUAAGCUAUGGAAUGCUCCCUGCACUCGCCAUCACUAAUAUCCAAUCCCUGGACUGAACUCCAAACGCUUAGUUAGCGGCUGUGCUUCUCCCCUCGAACUCUUUAUAACCAGGGGACGAAGAAAAGGAGUGGGCUUACCAAGUCCAACACAUUGCACAGAGCGCUUGUUUUUGUAGAAUAUUUAAGCUAGUUUUUUAUUUGUUUUUCUCCGAUUUGGAUUUUUUUCCUGGCAAAAUCAUAUCAAGAUGGAUCUGGAACCGUAUCUGUGGAUGGUCAUUGUUGGCUUCAUCAUCGCCUUCAUACUGGCCUUUUCAGUGGGCGCCAAUGAUGUGGCCAAUUCUUUCGGCACAGCAGUGGGGUCCGGUGUGGUCACAUUGAAGCAGGCCUGCAUCCUGGCGUCUAUCUUUGAGACGCUGGGCUCAAUGCUGCUGGGGGCCAAAGUGGGUGAGACGAUUCGAAAGGGCAUCAUAGAUGUCAACUUGUACAACGAAACUGUGCCCGUACUCAUGGCAGGGGAGGUCAGCGCCAUGGUCGGGUCAGCAGUCUGGCAGCUAAUCGCCUCCUUCCUCAAAUUGCCGGUCUCUGGGACUCACUGCAUUGUUGGCGCAACUAUCGGCUUCUCCAUGGUGGCCAUCGGCACCAGGGGCGUGCAGUGGAUGCAGCUUGUCAAGAUUGUGGCGUCGUGGUUCAUCUCCCCCUUACUCUCUGGGCUCAUGUCUGGACUCCUCUUCAUCCUUAUCAGACACUUCAUCCUCAGCAAGGAUGACUCUGUCCCUAAUGGCCUGCGAGCGCUGCCCCUCUUCUAUGCCUCCACAAUUGGGAUAAACACAUUCUCCAUCAUGUACACUGGAGCCCCAUUGCUUGGGUUAGAGAUGCUACCGGUGUGGUCCAUCUUUCUCAUCACUUUAGCUGAGUCGCUGAUCUGUGCAGCUCUGGUCUGGAUAUUCGUCUGUCCCUGGAUGAGGAGGAAAAUAGCAAGUAGGUAUCUAUGUCGUCUAAAGAAGGAGCAGGCUCUGUCAAGAAUCUCUGAUGAGAGCCUGGACAAGAUACCUGAAGAGGAGGAGGAGAGCCCCGUCUUUAAGGAGCUACCAGGGGCCAAAGGAACAGAUGAGGCUGUGUUGCCGCUCACCGGGGGCAGCAGUGAACGGGGCACCCGCGACUCCAGUGGAGAGCUCGCUAACCUGGCUAAUGGAGGCUCUGUCCUGCCUAACGGCAGGGUAUAUGGCCGGACCCACUCAAUGACCAAUGGCAGCCUUAAGUCACCCAUCGCAAAUGGCAGCUUCAGCUUCGAUGGCCACAUGCGCAGCGAUGGACAAGUGUACCACACAGUGCACAAGGACUCAGGUCUCUAUAAAGACCUGCUUCAUAAAAUCCACCUGGGCCGCAUGGAUGACGACCGCUCAGGGUCAAACGCCGGCCCGGCUGACAACAAUUACCGCUUGCUGCGCCGCAACAACAGCUACACCUGCUACACAGCCGCUAUAUGCGGCAUGCCCGUCCAGCCGCUCAUUCGCACAGAGUCACGUGAGGACAGUGAAAAGUUGGUAGGGGAGGGAGGCGGCAGGAGCAACAGCGUGUCCUAUUCCAAAAAGAGGGUACGUUAUGAUAGCUACUCAUCGUACUGUAACGCUGUGGCUGAGGCUGAGAUCGAGGCAGAGGAGGGUGGGGUGGAGAUGAAGCUCGCUACGGAGCUGGAGGGAGUGGAGGAAGGGGCUCCAGCCCCAGUGCCUCUGGACGACUUGGCCGAGGAGGAUCAUGAGGAAAAGGAUAAGCCUGAGGUGUUCCUGCUUUUCCACUUCCUGCAGAUCCUCACUGCCUGCUUUGGCUCCUUCGCCCAUGGAGGCAACGAUGUCAGUAAUGCCAUUGGGCCCCUGGUGGCACUGUGGAUGAUCUAUGAGCAGGGCGGUGUGAUGCAGGACGCUGCCACUCCCGUCUGGCUGCUGUUUUACGGUGGCGUAGGCAUCUGCUGUGGCCUGUGGGUGUGGGGCCGCCGCGUCAUCCAGACCAUGGGGAAAGACCUGACUCCCAUCACCCCCUCAAGUGGAUUCACUAUUGAACUGGCUUCUGCACUCACAGUCGUGUUGGCUUCCAAUAUCGGAAUCCCUGUCAGUACCACACACUGCAAGGUGGGCUCAGUCGUGGCCGUGGGUUGGAUCCGCUCCCAGAAAGCAGUGGACUGGCGCCUCUUCAGGAACAUCUUCCUGGCGUGGUUUGUCACAGUGCCCGUGGCUGGCCUGUUCAGCGCCGCCAUCAUGGCCCUGUUCGUCUACGGCAUCCUGCCCUUCGUCUGAGGGCGCUCGGCAUGGAGGGAGAACAGGGGAGGACGAGAGAGAGAGAGAGAGGGAAACUUGGGUAAAAAUCAUAGUGUCGGUGUUGCAGAUAAAGGAGGAGGAAUUGAAGAGAAGCAAAGGGCAAGGGUGACGGGGAAGAGAGGGAGGAAGAGGCAGAGUUUUACAGAUGGACUUGGUUGUACUGUGGAUGUGAGGAGGGUUGGUUCAUAUGCUGCCUGGUCCAGAUCUUUUUGACUCAUUUAAGUUUCUGAAUUUAAGUUUUUUUUUUAUUUAUUCUCAUUUUGGGUGCAAAAGAAAGUGUGUAACAAACAUGUCCACCGUACCAUUCAAUCUACUGUACAUAUGACAAUAAUCUGGAGUUUUCCAGUAAUUUUUAACAUGAAUUAUGAUUGUUGGAGAAACGGCAGCAGUCAUUUCAUUUUAAAAAAAAAGAAUAAAAAAAAAAGACUGCCCAUGACUUAAAGUAAUCAAAUGAUUAAUUCUGCAGGCAUAAAUUGACAAACAGGCCUGUAGUAAAACUAUAUCAUUCUGCCUGCUAUCCCAGGUAGUGUAGUCGGUCAAGUGCUUAUUAUUAUUGUUCUAAAAUGCCAGAAAAAAAAUGUACAUAUUGUUAUAUUGGAUUGAGUGUGACUUGUUGUAUUGCGGCUUGCUUUAAAGUUUUUUUUUUUUGUUUUGUUUUUUUUAAAGAUGAAAGCCAACCCAUCCAUCACCCCCCACCCCCUCCCCCCCUUAACAUGCUACAUGUACAACUAGGGCCAAAUGGAAAGGACGGCUUAGAGAGGGGUAGUGGGACUGUCGCUCUGCUUUUUUAUUUUCCACAUGAUACCAUAGAAACCUGAUUUGCUAAAGAGUUGAUUUUUGUCCAGAGCUCCUGUAUGUUUAUAGAGAUGGAUCUCAUAUUUUUUAAUGAUGUAUUAUACUGUAAUUUGUACUGUAAAUACUGUCCUGAAAGAGUUUGGGAGGGCGGGAAAGGGAUUCACGACUUGUUUUUAAUGCCAUAAGUGGGGAGAGGUGGGCUCUUCACCUCCUCAUGAUGUCAUAUUAUAGAGUAUGUUUCAUCCCAGAGGCUUAUAGUGGAGUGCAAACACACUUAAUGAACACACAUGAAAGCUGCUGUUUUUCAGAGGUUGGUAGGAGUAUAAUAAUUGGAAAACAGUAUAUUAAUUUAAAUUAAUUAACCUGUUCACAACAGAGAAAACUGGAGAUAUUCAAUUCCUUCUGGUUUUAUCUUAUCAGUAUACAGUAUUGGUAGAAAGGUCAAGGUCUCCUCCUUGAGAAAAUACUUAGGUGAGUUUCAGAUGGUGAUAUUCGAGGGAGAGCAUUUCUAGUAGAAUGAGGUUUGGGUGCAGCAGAAGCCAAAACACUGAAACUGAACACAGACAAAACCACACUACAGUUCCAUAAAAUGUUCACAUAAUCUUCAUCCGUAUGCCUUCUUGUUUUCAUACACAAAGCUCAGUUACUGGAGUCAUUUCCUCAUAUUGAAGGCUCCCUGCCAAUGAUUGACCUCUACACUGUCCAUGGGUCAUUUCAGAUCUCCCUCCUGUCUCAUAUCACUCAUGUGACAAAUCUGAGGUAUGGCUCUCAAGAUGCCUCUAAACAUUAAAAGCCUUGUCACAUCAAAUUCUAUGUCAUGUCAAACACUAACUCUUGUAUUAUAUCUCAGUCAGUUAUGCAGAAGUGGAAAGAAGGGGGAUUCAACCCCGAGCCACACGUGUAGCUCCUCAAGCCUGGUGGUGUUUGAAGUGUAGAAGUAUUUAGUCUAUUGAUCACCUGUGUUUCAAUCGAAGUGCUAAAGGUUAGGUAGAUAUCGCAGGGUCAAGUUUAGGGCUGAAUCGAAGCCCAGCGGGGGUUUUGAGGCCACUCAUCUCAUGAAAAUAUCAAGACUUUUGUCUUAGGAUCGUUAUGUUUGAAUGAGAUGGUGGAGGGGGGGGGGUAGUACUGAUCAUCACCAGCUUUUUAACAGGGUCACCUGACUUGUAGAUGAACAAAGUCUAAAGCUUUUUUUUUUUGUUUUUUGAACAAACUCGAAGCCAGGUGUUGCAAGUUCUUUUCGUUCUUGUGGUGUUUCCUUAUUUCAUUUUUAUUUCUCAUGAACAAAUCUAUGCUUAAGUAGCCACUUGCCUUGUAACAUUGUGUUUUACUUUUGUGAAGAUACAGUAAAAUUAUUAAGUACUGUGGUGUUUACAUUGUAACCAUAUCGUAGAAUAUCUGAAGAAAAAAAACUGUUGCCUAAUGAUGCCAAUGAAAGACACUAUUAACCAAGAUUUUUUAAGUGCAAGUAAAAAAAAUAAUAACCAGAAGUGUCUAGAGAAAGAGAGCGAGAGCCAGCGUGCGCAAUGACUCAUUUGUUUUGUUUUGUUUGUUUUUGGUGUAGUAAUAGGGGUAGUGCUAAUCAUGUCCCUGUCACUUUACACUGCUACUACAAUGAGUUAACAGUACAUGUAUGGGUGCAAUUCAGUAAUGAAGAGAAUGACUAGAGAAAUUUCAUCAAGACUAUAUAUUUUUCUACCAUAUCUGAGUUAUAACCUGGGCAAGCUUCCAGACACUUUGGAGGACACACUGAUGGGAAUAUGGAAAACAGGGACUAGUUGUUAUAAGAUCAGUGACACUGAGAUAUGGUCUUAUCGCAGGGUUUCUCACUUCGCUGGUGCCAUGCGCCACCCUUCCUCUAAGCCCAGUGUGUUCUUGUAACAUGUAGACUGAUGUGUCGGGUUGCCAAUAGAUCAGAUUUUGAAAUUUACCAUUUUUAUUUUUGAAUUUUAGAUGAAAACGCUUUGUAAUUUUGUUUCCCUACUGCUUUGAUCAUGAGCUGUGAGAGCAGGACAGCAUCUUGCUAAAACCAGGACGACCGCUUACUAAAGGCGAAAUCUAGAAGCAAAAUCUCUAGUUGAGAAACUUAAAUCUUAAACUUGGUGUCUGAUAACUGGACUGUGAGGACAUUUGUUUCCUUGUUUUGGCAGGUAACCACUCUUGAAGCUCAUACCUUUUUUACUCUUCCACAGACUGUGUGUUACUCAAGGGGGGGCUGCACAGAGCUGGUGUGUUGAAAUUCUGUUUGUACUCUUGUGCAGUACAGGUGCCAGGAGGAAGUACAUUUUUAAACUGAAAUCUCAUGAGGCACAAGAGUUCUGACAGUAUAUGUUCAAAAAAAAAGUGUUCUGAACUGAGCAAGCGUUUGUUUUAUUGCUUAUGAACUCAGCUUUUCCUUUGGAAAAUACUUUGUUACUUUCAGAGGUUACAUAGUCUUGCUUUAAUGGGUGACUUUUCAUUGCUUGAAGGUAAACCCAGUCCACGCCUCUCGAACAGAAAUCACUAAACUUAAAAGGGUGCAGAGUCUCAUACUAACUAGAUGGAAAGCGUCACUCAAACAUCAACACUCAAUUUACAGUAGCAGACACACAAAGAUGCACAUUUUGUCAUAUUGUAUAGAGCAACAAGCUAACUGAACUUCCAGGUUAGCUUCUUUUCCACUAGCCUUCAGUUCUCAAUGUAUUGUGCCAUAGAGGGAUUUUCAUUCUUCAAAAAAGCUUAUAUCUAUUUUGUUCACAUUCUAAAAUAAAUUGGGUAGGAUUAGGAAGACACUACCAUUUGAGCACCUUGUCAUUUAUCCAAGAUAAAACAAUUAUUUUGUUAGCAUGUAGCAACUAGUGCUACCAUGAGUCUUGGCUGCUGUUAAAUGCCAACAAAAUAUUUAUAUAUUCAUAUUUUAAAUAAUAAAAUGUAUUCAUAUAUUACUGUCUAGAACUCAAUAGUAACCCAUAUUAUUUAAGUUUUUAGAGGACUGAUGAAAGACUAUUGUCUGGCCGCAGCUGAUGGACAUUUGUUGCUCUUGUGUGCAAUUAGUAAACAAUGAAAUUGAACUGAAUCCACUUCCCUAACAUUAGAUUAUGAGGUUUAUUUGUAAAUGGUCUGAGGUCAGCCAGCACACUUCAGAGAUCUGGUUUGUGCUGUAGCACCAUGCUCUGCAAGGCCUUCCUUUGUAACGCACGAGGUCACUUUUUUUGUUUUGUUCCAUUCAUUCUCAGCUCUGAUAGGCCAAAAGAGAUGCACUGCUCAAGAUAGGGAGGGGAAGUGAAAAUCAUGCUCUGGUGCACGAUAGCUCAACUCAACAACUAAUGCUACAUGAUGAAUAUUACAGAAAUAUCUCAUGGGGGGGGGGGGCGCAAAACUAACUUUGGCAGAAGAAUUGUGUUUAAGGACACAAUCAUUUACAGUAAGGAGCUGAUUGUCAAGAGUCAGACAUUGAGUUUAAUUACAUUAUCAAUUAUCAGCUAAACUUUUUAGAUACAUUUUUAGUUCAGAUUGUAUCCUGAGAGCCAAUGAUUGUCUGUAAAAUUUGUGACAAUCUUUUAAACUCAUCGGUUAGGUGGGACUAGCUAAGCCACUAGAUGAAGUCUUGACACUUUCCCUCCCCCGUAGAGAGGAACAGCAUUUUAGACCGGUCCAUUUCAACUGAUUGGUAUAAAUCAAUAAAUGGUGUAAUUGCCAUUGAGGGAGUCACUGUGCUUCUAUUGCAUUAUAAAUGUUCUGUAACCUUUUUUUUUUGGUCGAGAAAAUCUAGAGGAACGAUGUGCCAUUUCUCUCUCCCUGAAUGUGCAAUAUAAACGGUUUCUUGUGAGGGUGCAACUACAUUACUGUCACUGUGUGGUCGUGUAGCUCCAUCUGCCCUGGUGUAAUAGCGCCCUCUCCUGUUUGUACGGAACUAGCAUUGCCUCAUAGAGGUGGAGGGGGCAUCAGUUCAGACCUUCAUCUGGAUGUGGCGUGCUGUCUCUAGUUUUCUGGUCUGUUUUGUAAUAGAAUGUGCUCCUUGGCUGGCCUGCAGGCUUUACAGCUCUGUGUUGUCUUUUUACUGUUAACUGCUAUUUAACUGUCCGGUCCUUCAAGAGUUUCAAAAAAAUAAUAAUAAAGUAACGAAUAAAAAAAUCAAAGAAACUGUAGCCUGCUUCUACAAAAUCUUAAAGCUCUUCUGAUUUGCAUAUAUUGUACUGUAAUGUUUUAAGAUUUUAGUGAAAAAAUGUCUGCAUUUAAACUAAAUUGUGGGAAUAAAAAUUACAAAGAAUACCUAA